UGUGUCCGUGACCUGGCGCGCGGCCCCCCGCGGAUAGGGGUGAACGCGUGAGAGCUUUCGCAUGGGCGGGCACCCGCUGAGACGUGCCGCCCCUCUGGCCCGCGGCGCCCACACGUGGCGCGGCCGCGAGCGUGGCGCGGCCACGUUAUAAGCCACGCGCGACGGCCCUCGUCGCCAACCUACGAUGCCCUGGCCUCAUCUUAACGCUCGCGCGGCAAGGCGGCACACUUGGUCUCGCCGGUGACAAGAAGCAGAGGCAGCACGCGCACGGCGAAGUGUAGCUGGUGAGUUUGGCGUUGUUUGGUACACGCCGAUCGAGAUGAGCACGGGCAUGCGGCCGGGGCGGCGGUUCACGCUGGGGCGCAGCGAGGACGUGACGCACCCAGACACCAUCCGCGCCGCCAUCUCCGAGUUCCUCGCCACCGCCAUCUUCGUCUUCGCCGCCGAGGGCUCCGUCCUCUCCCUCGGGAAGACGUACCACGACAUGAGCACGAUGGGCGGGCUGGUGGCGGUGGCGUUGGCGAACGCGCUGGCUCUGGCCGUGGCGGUGGCGGUGGCCGUGAACAUCUCCGGCGGGCACGUAAACCCGGCCAUCACCUUCGGCGCGCUGCUCGGCGGGCGCAUCUCCCUCAUCCGCGCGGUCUUCUACUGGGUCGCGCAGCUCCUGGGCGCCGUCGCCGCAACGCUCCUCCUCAGGCUCGCCACGGGGGGCAUGCGUCCGCCGGGGUUCUCACUGGCGUCGGGGGUCGGCGACUGGCACGCUGUGCUGCUGGAGGCCGUGAUGACGUUCGGGCUCAUGUACGCCUACUACGCCACGGUGAUCGACCCGAAGCGGGGCCAAGUGGGUACCAUCGGGCCUCUCGCCGUCGGGUUCCUGAUGGGAGCCAACGUGCUGGCGGGCGGGCCGUUCGACGGCGCCGGGAUGAACCCGGCGCGGGUUUUCGGGCCCGCGCUCGUCGGGUGGAGGUGGAGGCACCAAUGGGUGUACUGGCUCGGCCCCUUCCUCGGCGCCGGGCUCGCCGGGCUGGUGUACGAGUACCUCGUCAUCCCGUCCGCCGACGCCGCGCCGCACGCGCACCAGCCGCUCGCACCCGAGGACUACUAGCCUGCGGCCUUGCUUGCCAGUUCUGGCGCCGGCGCCGGC